ACUCCAUGCUGAGCACCAAGCCCCACACCUCCACACGGUGCUCAUUCACACUAUGCUUAAAUCAUGACUGACCCAAAACCAAGAGUUGGCUCUAAACCAACUGAUCUGCCCAAGGUGCCCCUUGGGAAAGAUUGUUUUGAACUUGGUAAAAUUCGAGGGGAAGUUUGGUUAAUAAGAUCUAAAUGUUUGCAAACCACUGUUUUAAAACUCUAACCAUAGUUGGAACCCGUAAGUGCUCAGUAUAUCUGAGAUUCACCUAAACUGAAGUAGGCAGGAAUCUGUAGGCCAGAGUCCUUUUCUAAAUAUAUAUACUAUUAUAAUGCUUUUGUUAGAUCAUGCUGUGGUAAUCAUUCCGAAUUCUUGGCGGCUUUGAACUAUAAGCCUUUCUUUCUUUCUCACGUUACAUGUUGCCUGUGAGUUACCGUGGAUUGGCUGCCGUAGCUGGGACUCUGCGUGUGUCUUUGUCCCAGGAUCCAGUCUGAAGAAGCAGCACUAACCUAGGAUGUGCCAGUCUCACGACCGAGGGAAAGGAGACAGAGCUGAGCCUCUUUCUGCUUAUCCAGUCCCUCUGUGGAACUUCUAAACACCUUUUAUUAGUAGAAACAUUAUUUCCUACAAAAUGAAGUCAACAUCUUAAUUUAAACCAGCAUUUGUGUGGUUCUGAUUUACCUACAAUGGUUCAUAAAGCUUGAGAUCUCAGGAGUACAGGGUCUUUUGCGAUGACAAUAUGACUAAUAGCAAAGGAAGAUCUAUUACUAAUAACACAAGUAGUGGUCCAAGUAGUGGAGGAGGUUUAGUAGACUGGACUUUACGCUUAAAUACAAUUCAAUCUGAUAAGUUUUUAAACUUGUUGUUGAGUAUGGUUCCAGUAAUUUAUCAGAAAAACCAGGAAGAUAGGCAUAAGAAAGCAAAUGGCGUUUGGCAAGAUGGAUUAUCAACAGCAGCACAGACUUUUAGCAAUCGAUCUGAGCAGCACAUGGAGUUCCACAGUUUCUCAGAGCAGCCUUUUCAUGGCAAUAAUGGGCACACACCUGCAAGCUGUAGCCCCAAGUAUGAGGACUAUGCCGACUACAAUUACUGUGAUGGAAGGGGCACUGCAGAAGCUGCUGCCAUGUUGCAGAAUGAAGAUGCAUCUAGUGAUGGGGAUGAAGACGCCAUUGUGGAGGCAAACCAGAAAUCCCCCAAGGAAUCCAGCGGUGUCAUGGCGCUGCAAAUACUGGUACCAUUUCUGCUAGCUGGCUUUGGAACAGUGUCAGCUGGCAUGGUUUUGGAUAUAGUCCAGCACUGGGAGGUAUUCAGAAAGGUAACAGAAGUUUUCAUUUUAGUUCCUGCACUUCUUGGUCUCAAAGGGAACUUGGAAAUGACAUUGGCAUCCAGAUUAUCCACUGCAGUAAAUAUUGGGAAGAUGGAUUCACCCAUUGAAAAGUGGAACCUCAUAAUUGGCAACUUGGCUUUAAAGCAGGUUCAAGCGACAGUGGUUGGUUUUCUAGCAGCUGUGGCGGCGGUUAUCCUGGGCUGGAUUCCGGAGGGGAAGUACUACCUCGACCAUUCCAUACUUCUGUGUUCCAGCAGUGUAGCCACUGCUUUCAUUGCGUCUCUUCUACAAGGAAUAAUAAUGGUUGGGGUUAUCGUUGGUUCAAAGAAGACUGGCAUAAAUCCUGAUAAUGUUGCUACCCCCAUUGCCGCUAGUUUUGGCGACCUCAUAACUCUUGCCAUAUUAGCCUGGAUAAGUCAGGGUUUGUACUCCUGUCUUGACAACUAUUACUACAUUUCUCCAUUAGUUGGUGUCUUUUUCUUGGCUCUAACUCCUAUCUGGAUUAUAAUAGCUGCCAAACAUCCAGCCACAAGGACAGUUCUCCACUCAGGCUGGGAGCCUGUCAUAACAGCUAUGGUUAUAAGUAGCAUUGGGGGCCUUAUUCUGGACACAACCGUAUCUGAUCCAAACUUGGUUGGGAUUGUUGUUUACACGCCAGUUAUUAAUGGUAUUGGUGGUAAUUUGGUGGCCAUUCAGGCUAGCAGGAUUUCUACCUACCUCCAUUUACAUAGCAUUCCAGGAGAACUGCCUGAUGAACCCAAAGGUUGUUACUACCCAUUUAGAACUUUUUUUGGUCCAGGAGUGAAUAAUAAGUCUGCUCAGGUUCUCCUGCUUCUCGUGAUUCCCGGACAUUUAAUUUUCCUCUACACUAUUCACUUGAUGAAAAGUGGUCACACUUCUUUAACUGUGAUCUUCAUAGUGGUGUACUUACUUGCUGCUGUACUACAGGUGUUUACCUUGCUGUGGAUUGCUGACUGGAUGGUCCGUCACUUCUGGAGGAAAGGGAAGGACCCGGAUAGCUUCUCCAUCCCCUAUCUGACGGCAUUGGGUGACCUGCUUGGGACAGCUCUUUUAGCCUUAAGUUUUCAUUUUCUUUGGCUUAUUGGAGAUCGAGAUGGGGACGUUGGAGACUAAUAAAUCCUACAAACUGUUCUCAAGUCCCAACGAGGAAAACACAAGACAACCACUUAUGACUCUUUUUCAAAAAUCUUAAAUCAGUAGUUGACUUCUACCAGGGUAAUCUUUAGUUGGCCCUGAUUCAAUUAAAUGGCCUUAACAUUUUUUUAAGGAAUUUGUGUUAAAACCAGAAUGAACAGUAUUUGUGCUGCUUUUCGUAGAAUAAAUGGUAAUUUGACAUAGAUGUAGACACACGCUCAAGCUCUGAAAUUAAUUAAAUAGGAAAGAAUAUAAGAUGUUUACAGUGAAUAAUUUAAAAAUCACUGAUGUAGCAGAAAUGUAAUUUAUUAUUGUUUAACUUAAUAAUGCCAGGUUUGAGGAAACUGAGUUCUCCUUCAGCCUGUCUUGUCUCAAAGAUGUGUUGUCCUGCAUAUCCUACUAUAAAAUGAAAAGGACCAAAACCAAGCCUUUAAUAGUUUUAACUAUGCCCAUCUCUCUGCUAGCUGAGGAUAAAUGAUCAGCUAUUAGCUCCCAACCUGACUUAAAUAUGUUCUGCUGAGCACAAGAUAAACUUACUUUUCCCUGUGCCAGUGUGAAUUUAACUUCAGCUCUGUAAGGUCUUGGCAGGCUAGCCUUGAAACACAGAAUGACCUCGAGAGAUAAAGAAAGCAGUGGGUCAUAUUUAACCAUUGUUUCAGUGAAAGAAUUUUGAUCUUUCUAAGAAGACUGAAUAGUCAAAACCAGAAGAUAAACUGGGCUGCAUUUAUAGGGACAGGAUGGUGUAAGAAAUUGUGUGUGUGUGUGUUGUGUGUGUGUGUGUGUAUGUGUGUGUGAGAGAGAGAGAAAGAAAGAGAGAGACGAACAGAGAGAAGGCAGAAGUGUUGGACAAAGAACAAAAUCUUGGAUGGUUGAUAGUAAAGAUUAUAGUGCUAUAGAAAUACUAACUUUAUGUAAUUAUUCUUAAACACAUUUUAUUGAUAUGCUUUUAUCAUUUGGUCUGCAAAUUUUGCUACUCUCCAGGAUUUACUAUUUAUUACCUGUAUUGUAAUUUUUUCUUAUGAAAAAAACUACCAUUUAAUAUCACCAUGAUUUUAUUGUAAGAUUUCGAAUGAGCAAGUGAUCCAUUUGCUCUUUUGAAGACAUUUGUUGGAACAUUUAGGCUUACUGUUUUAAGAGAGAAGUUGGUGGGUUACCUUAGUGGUUGGUCAUCUCUGUACAUAUCACCUGUUUGCACAGGCUUAUCUCUACUCUGUCAUAUACAGUGCUAUGUUUCCUAUAUAUUUUUCUAAAUCUCUGACCUAUAUUCCUAAACUUGGCCAACGCUUUAGUUAUUCAGUAGGUCAGCAUUUUUAUAUCACAUAUUGUUCAUUUAAAAAAAUGCUGUAGAGUCUCUCAAGACCAUCAGAUAUCUAAUAAUUGAACUGGUAAGGGGAAACAUGUACAUUAACGUUGAUCAUUAUGGUUUAAGUUGGGAGUUAGGGUUAACAUAUAAAUAGUAUAUUGUUUAUAAACAUAAUGGGGGACGUAUUCCUCUUACAUUCUUUAAAAUAAGGGGACUGUGGUAUAGAGUUAUAUAUUUUUGCUUAUUUUAAAACUUUAAUUAUUCUACUCUUCUGCCUUAUAAUGAAUCUUCCAAGGCAGAGAACUGAACUAAUUAUAGACUUUCUCCUUUGGAGAGUUAUAAUGUCAAAUAGUGAACAUUCUUUUAAAAGAAAGAACGAUUAAGUCAAUGAAUAUGUAGCUGCAAAGAGUUUUUUUUUCUUUAAAAAAAUCCAUAAAUAAUUUCUUUGAUUUUUAUUGUAAAGCAUUUGUAAAUUACUUAUUUACAUUUGGGCUGUAUGAUUCAUAAGCGUUUCUGUUUGCCGAUAGAUUUCUAUCUUGAUUUAUAAUAUAAAAAAGUGUCCAGCAAACUACAUUUUUAAAGCAUUUACCAUCAUCUUUAGUGCAUUACCUAUUCUGAAACACACUCAAAUACACUGUAUUAUAUAGUACUCACAACGGCACCUGUGAACCAGAUCAGGGAGAGAUUCUUAUCUGUAUUUUGCGCCAGAAGAAACUGAAGUGCAGAGAAGUUACGCUUCUAACGUUGCCUGGGUGUGAAAGUGCCAAAAUCAUGACUAAAAUCUGGGUCUCUGGUCUCCUGAGCCAAUUACUCUUUCUAUGACCCACCCCCCCAGGGGUGCCGAGAGUACCUAACUCAUUAACUGACAGAAAAUAGGCUGGAGCAUCAGGAUUUUCUAAAGUAGAAUAGAAUAUUGCCGCAUCUUUUAGUGUUCAGACAAGGAAACCUCCAUCUAAUAUGUCUUAAUGGUAAGUGUAGCCCAACUCUAAAUUAUUCAUGUUCUAAGACCAAGGAAAACACAGAUAAAUGAAGACUUCAGAAUAAAAACUAAUGCCUAAUUUCAUUGAACAUUUAGUGGCCACCACCUUCCCUGAUUUAACAUUUUCCAUAGAUGCUAAUAAGUAACUAGCGUGGCUGAUUUGAGUUCUGUCUCCUUUUUCUUUUGCUACCCAACCUUCACUAUAGCAACAAAAAGUCUAAAAGGCAUGUGUGUCAUAAGGAAAAAUAAAGACAUGGAAAAAUCAGUUACCAAUUAGCUCAGUUAAUUUAUAAAAGGGAUAUAGAGUCCUUUAAUAAAAAGCUUUUGACUGGUUUUCUGAAAGCCUUUACAUAAGUAUGCAACUAAUAAGAGACUUAUUUACCCAUGAAAUAAUUUAUUAUCAGUCUUAUAUAAUGUAAAUUGACAGUAUUUAUUUUUAUACAACAUAAAAACUCCUCUCCAAACAUCUUCCUUUCACUAAUUUAUCAGACACUUUAUUUAUAUAGAGAUCAUCUUUUUAAAAACAUAUUUUUAUUCUUGCUCACUAACCUUUUUUUUUCCUUUAAAAAAUAAAGUUUAGAAGCUGAUACAAUGGGAACUUAUGGUCAUGUCUCUUCUGGGAGACAUCAAAAGUUUCCCUGUCAUACACUAUCAGUGAUGUAGCCAAAUGAACUACAUUCUAAGAAGUCUUUCAGUAAUCGGGCUUCCUUGCCUUACAAUGUAUCUGUGGUAUCCUAUACCCAUUUAUAAUGGGCAUCUGCUGUCUUUGAAUUGUUGUAAACUCAAAUAAGAAUAAAAUGUAAGAAAUACA